AAAUAAAAGUAGCAAAUUUCCAACUAAUAAGCACAUGCUCGCUCACUCCACUCUCUCUCUUCGUCUUCUACUGUUCUACAGCACUCUUCUUUGAAUAAUUGACUCACUCUCACACAACACAGCUAAAUUGUAGUAAAAUUAGUUAAAAACGAUCCAAAUCGGCAGCGAACAAGGGAGGUAAUUCUGUUAGAGUGACCUCUCUGUCUCCUUCCUCAUUAUCACCGACCAAUGGCCGACGAACCUUCGCUCACUCGCUGGACUUUUCCGGAUUUUAAAUUGAAUUAUGAUGCGAAGUUUGGGAGGAAGAAGGUUUCAGAGACGCAAAACGGUCAUACUGAUACUGCGGCUGCUAACGGAAGUUCGUCUGAGGUUACUUCUAAUGGAAAUGGUCAUGUUAAGAACAGUUCUGAUAUGGCGAUUUACGAGCAGUAUCGAAAUACUCAAGACAGGAGUCAAGCAAAUGGAGCCUUGUCUAAUGGAAUUAUCGAUAGACCGCAGAGGUCAUUGCUCCCUUCCUUUGAUUCUGCUGAAACUCGAACAUUAGCAGAGGGUUUAUGCAGGGACAUUGUCCGUGGAAACCCUGAUGUCAAGUGGGAAAACAUUAAAGGGUUAGAGAAUGCCAAAAAGUUACUGAAAGAAGCAGUUGUCAUGCCAAUAAAGUAUCCCACAUACUUUACUGGUCUUCUAUCACCAUGGAAAGGCAUUCUUCUUUUUGGCCCUCCAGGGACAGGAAAGACAAUGCUUGCAAAGGCUGUAGCUACAGAAUGCAAGACCACCUUUUUCAACAUUUCAGCAUCUUCUGUUGUUAGCAAGUGGCGUGGUGAUUCGGAGAAGUUAAUUAAGGUGUUAUUUGAGCUUGCUAGGCACCAUGCACCAUCAACAAUAUUUAUUGAUGAAAUAGAUGCAAUUAUUAGUCAGCGGGGUGAAGGUCGCAGUGAACAUGAAGCUAGUAGGCGUUUGAAAACUGAGUUACUCGUACAGAUGGAUGGUUUGCAACGGACGGAGGAGCUUGUUUUUGUUUUGGCAGCAACUAAUCUCCCCUGGGAGUUAGAUGGAGCCAUGCUCAGGCGCUUGGAGAAGCGAAUCUUGGUUCCUCUUCCAGAAGCAGAAGCCAGAAGAGCCAUGUAUGAGGAGCUCUUGCCACCACAGCCUGAUGUAGAUGAACUUCCCUAUGACUUAUUGGUGGAAAAGACCGAAGGUUAUUCAGGUUCAGAUAUUAGAUUGCUGUCCAAAGAAGCUGCUAUGCAGCCAUUACGACGAGUAAUGGCUCUUCUUGAAGACAGACCGGAAAUAGUGCCUGAGGAUGAGUUGCCAAAAGUUGGGCCAAUCACACCGGAGGACAUAGAGACAGCUUUAAAGAACACCAGGCCAUCUGCUCAUCUCCAUGCCCACCGUUACGAGAAGUUCAAUGCUGAUUACGGUAGCCAAAUACUCCAGUGAAGGCACACAACUUCGGAUCGCUCAAUUUCUUUUUAUAUUAUGUUUCAAGUCAAAACAUUUUGUUCAGUUAAUGGUGUUUAUUUUGUUUUUUCACUAUAACUCGAGUCUAGACCGGUAUGCAAGAACCCGUAGUUAAUCCGUACGUUAGCACUCAGAUAUAUUUUUUAAGCUCUAGUAUUUAGGAGCUGUAGUGUCUAAAGCUGACCAGCGCAUUCAUUGAGAUCACUUAUUUAUAGAUGUGCAAGAUCAGUGGGGGCUGCUGUUUCAGUGUUAGCUCAAAAUAAAAGUCUGAUUGUUCCUGUGUAAUAUUUAUGUCUAAAUGUGAUUUAAUCAACUUAAUUCUCCA